AACGAAGCGAUGCUGCGAAAUUAAACCUCUGGGUUGUGCCAAAAUCUUUCGAGUUUGUGCGCGAAGUGGUGGGAAGAAAGAUCUGCCGAUUGUUGUAACUACUUCCUAAGGUGACCUCUUUCACUCUUUUUCCUGGGUUUCAAUUUUCACUGACAAUACUUGUUCUCGAUCGCUGUUGGAAUCAGCUAUCCGUUUGAAGUAUGUUCUUCAAGCUGCUCCUUAUACUUCGAUGUGUUUCUAUGUUUAAUUUCGAACAUUAAUACCUCGAAUUUGAUUUAUCAAUUUGGUUUUUAUGUAUGGGAUUCGAGCUUCGUGGAUUAUUUCUCCAGGACCCGUAUCGAUGAUUUUUGGUUUCUAUGAUUUCUUACCUUUUGAGUAAUCAUCAAGCUGAUGAGUGUUUGAUGUGAUAAUAUUUUGCUGUUCUUUCUGUAAUCUAGUAGUAAAGCUGAAAGCGGAUUUGAGGAUUUCUCUUCAAACGAGUAGUAGGUGUCUAAUCUCUUUGGGGAAAAUGAUGUGUACCCCUAUUAUAUUGUUUUAUCAGAAGUUAUUAUACUGUCUAUAAGCACAUCUGCUUGUUUCCUCUUUCUAUUUCUUAUGUUUGAUUACAAUGGAAUUUAAGAUUUACAUUAUGAGUAGAUAGGUUUUGAAAAUGAAUGGAACUUAAGGCUAGUAUUGCAGGUAAAUUAGGUUGAAGAUGAGAAUUUGUCACUGUGCUUUCCAUCCUUGCCCAUUUAGAUUUAAAAUAGAUGGCUUUGUUUCUCGCCAGUAAACUAAUUAUGGUUUCUUGAAUUGUUGAUUGUGGUGUUACUUAUUAUUUUUCAAAUAUAAUUCAUCGUACACGAACUCUAUAGAAACAAAUCAUUUUGCCUUUCCAUGGAAUAGGCGAGAAUACAAGCCGGGUAUGCACUCUCCCUCCAUAUUCUUUACCGAGUUUUCUGAUUAAAUGCUGCAGAUUGAUGAUUCUAAGUCACCAAUCAAUGAGUCUGAUCAUUAUAUGCUUUCCGGUUGACAUCUUGUUGAUUUCAUGGUGUAUAUGAUCCUAUGAGGGAAUUUUACUAAAUUUCUAGAGAAUUUAGGGUUUUUAAUUAUUUUCUAGGAAGUUCUUGAUUUUAUGGUUGGAUUUAAUGAUACAAAAACUAUUGUGAUUUUCAAUUUCAGUUUCGAUAUGAAACCUUGAACUUUUGAGAAUGGCUUUACUGACUAUGUUAAACAUCCUUUCAGUUACUGCAAAUCAAAAGGAUGUUGGUGUUGAGUUACUAAGAAAACUGCAGGAAUUAUGAAUUUAGAAGUAAUAAGCUUAAUCUUGAAGCUUAAAACUUUUCAGAGAAUUAGGGAGUAUAUAUAUUCUACGGGUGUUAGACAAAACCUCUGUACCGCUUAAUUGAAUCAACAAGUUCAAUCUAGUUUUUUAGUGUCGGUUCGGUUUGCUAUUUCUGAUACCAAACUAGACGAGCCAUUUUCCUUGUUCAGCUUCAACCUCACUAGUCUACAAAUUACCUCCUUCAACCUGUCGCUUCAACUUCUCGCUGUUUCAUGAGUUUUUACUUAUCAUUCAGCUUCAGCUAUUUGGUUUUCUGCCUUUUAAAACUUCAAUCUGUUUUGCUGUCCACUUAUAUUGAAGUUUUUGAAACCUAAUCCCCAAAUAAUGAUAAAAGGAGAGGUGCUUCUUGUAAUUGCUUAUCUUCACCACUUCACCAUUGUCACUGACAGGUAGGUUCUGUUGUAUCUAGACCAUUAUCCAAAGCAAGUCUUCUGUUAGACUCUUGAUUUGUUACCUUGAAUUGAGUUAUGCAACCUCAUGUUCAGUUCAAUUAUAUUAAACAGUGUUGGCUGUUCUGUUUUAUCACAUUAUUCACAUCUAACUAAUUAAUUGAAGAUUCCUUGAUGGCUCAAAGUUCAAACACGGGAACUGACAUUGACAUGGUUUUGAGUCUCAUUGCUUGUGUUGCUUAAAUUCAUUGCAAAUGCUGGUAGCUAUUUUGUGUGUUUCGGGCAUCAAGGAGGUCAACUGUCAGUUAGGGCAUCCCUUUUUUGACUCCUUUAAAGAAGCUGCACCUGAACUUUCCUCUAUUCCGUUAUUUUGAGUCAUGCCAGUUAAGAAAGCGUAGCUCCACUUAUCACCUAGAGUUAAAUCAUGUCGGUGCUUUAUUUCAGUUAGUUCAGCAUGACGUUUGAGUACCUUCUCCCAUUGGGAUGGUUUUGGGUUUUAAGUACUUCAUUACAUGUAUGUAUUGUUACUAUUGUGCUGCUUUAGUUUCCUUGCUAGAAUCAAUGAGGGGAAUCUUUCCUAUUUUUAUGUGUAUAUUGAAAAUCAGUUUGAUUUAUAUAUUUAAACGUUUAUGUAGUGAUUACGCAAAGCAGUAUUUUAACAAAUGCUUUUCGCACUUUUCCACAUAAGAAUGAGGUGAUACAUGAAUCCUCAUGUGCCUACACACCACAAUGGAAUGGCAUAGUUGAAUGCAAACAUCUCCAUUUGUUGGAUGUGGCCUGCACAAUGAUGAUUCAACGUCAUGUCUCUCAUUUUUAUGGGGGGAUCAUGCAAUUUUGAUAGUCAAUUACCUUAUAAAUCUUAUGCCCUCUAUUGGGUAAUCCUUUUCCCCCUCGAUUCCAUCCGUACCUAUGUUUCUUAUGCCUUAAAUCUCUGGAUAUAUCUGUUGUGUCUGGUCUUUGUUGUGGUGGAACUAAACUUAUUACUUGAUAUUAUUAAUGUAUGUUUAAUAGUUAUUCUCAUGUCCAAAAAGGAUAUAGGUGUUAGUGUUAUCAUCCCACUUUCUGUAGGUAGUUUACUACAAAUAAUGUCAUCUCUUGUGUGCCAAACUUUUCCAAUGGCAGUCCCUCUUGUCAGGUCUCUUCUGAAAACAGACCUAAUUUUUGAAUUUUUUUUACUCUAUGCUCUUUGGAGCAGUGACAGCCUGACAGGAACCUGUGACACAUCCUGCCUUACCUCUGAUCACUUAGUUUUUUUUUGCCAACAAUGCAAAAUUCACAACCCAGGUUUCCGUUAGUGCUUCUAGUAUCUGCUCGAGUAGUCUGACAAGAGGUUUUUACAGUAUUCUUAUUCACAUAGGUUUUUACCCAACAAUACAAAAUGCAGACAAGUUUAUGAGACUCCUAGAUCUGUCAUCUUUGGUGCUUCUAGUAUUGUCUCAAAUAGUCUCUCAGAGUUUGGUUUAGCCAUCUUUCUCAUGUUCUUGAAGAAUUUGGUUGUCCAGGAGUGAGAAGGACCACUGUGUUCUAUAAUUCUUGACAGGGAAAAUGUAUUUUCUUGGUGGUUUAAGUGGAUGUCUUCUUGAUGGGGAUGACCGUGAGGGACUAAGAGCUCAAGAAGUUCACUGGGGAUCAGUUCAUCAAGUGCUACACAAAACCAUGGCUGAUGUUGAUCUGAAUAUGGCUUUCAAUUUGACGCCUUCUCUUCUAGAACAGCUUGGCAAGGCAUUGGUUGAGCUAGAAGCUCAUAAAGAUGGUGCAGCAGAUACGGUUUCAUUCGCAGAAAUAAGUGAGCACUUUCGUGACCUUGAGGCUAAGAUGAUGAAGAAAUACUCUGAACUGGAAGAUAGGGAGAAAGCUUUCAAACAAGAGGAAUUAGAUGGUCACUCGUUACUUGCAGAAAAAGAGGCAGCCGUUGCUGCAAAAGAGCAAGAUAUGUUUGACCGUAUCCAAGUUCUUAAAGAUGCUGCCGUGGCUGUCAUUGCAGAGACACGGGCCAAUCAUCCUUCACCAUCUUUUUACACCGAUGAUAUUGCGGACGACACAGAGAACAAGGUAAGCUGCUCUCUUGAUGAAACAAAUGCAUCCCUCACUGGCCCAAAAGGGGAAUCCUCUGGAAAAACAGGUGGGAACAAUGGAGGGGCUGGUGAGUCUGUUACGUUCCUUCAAGAGCUGACUCAAUUUUGUGAGCAGAUGGAUUCGAAAGGGCUUCUGAGUUUUGUUAUGGAGAAUCGAAAAAAUAGUACUGUUUUAUGUGAGGAACUUAGUCAUGCACUUAAAAGUUCCACAGAACCCGGUCGUUUAAUUCUGGAUUCACUGGACGGGUUCUACCCUCCUCCUGAUGGCCAAGAAGAUAAUAAGGAGGAUACUGCUGCCGCCCUUCAAGGGUUGCGGCAAUCCUCUAUUAAUCUUAUGGAAGCCUUGAACGCCAUGUUGGCAAGGGCUGGUUUGGGUGCUGAUCACCUACUGAACCAUGAAAUUAAGCAGCAAGCUAAAGCCAUCGCUGAUCAAUGGAGGCCUAAGUUGGCUCAUGAUGCCACCAUUGAUGCUGCCAAUGGAAAAUCAUUGGAAGCUGAGGCAUUUUUGCAGCUCCUUGCGACUUUUAGGAUUGCUUCAGAGUUUAAUGAAGACGAACUCUGCAAGCUUGCUUUUGCAGUUUGUGAGCGAAGGCAAGCACCUGAGCUCUGCCGUUCUCUUGGUUUAGCACACAAAAUGCCAGGUGUUAUUGAAGAAUUGAUUAGCAAUGGGAAACUAAUCAGUGCGGUUCAUUUUGUGCAUGCCUUUGAUCUUGCGGGCAGAUUCCCGACUGUACCUCUUUUGAAGACUUAUUUAAAGGAUCUGAGGAGGAAUUCACAAGGGAAACGUGGUCACCAUUCGGAAAGUGCUCAGAACGAUGGAAACGCAAGAGAACUUGCUGGACUAAGAAAUGUGGUGUACUGCGUUCAAAAGUACGAUCUCGAGGCCGACUACCCACUUGAAGCCCUUCACAGAAGGCUUGGUCAGCUAGAAAGAGCAAAUGUUGAUAAAAAAAGAUUUCGCGAUUCACCUACUAAACCAUCCCACGGUAAGAAACCACGUGCGAAUGGAGGCGGAGGUGGAGGCGGAAUCCAAGUUUAUGGUUACCGCAGCCCUGCCGCUGCUCCCUUGGCGGUUAGUGGGCGGCAGCCUCCUGCUCAGGUCUACAUGGAUAGACCACACUAUUCUGCCCCACCAUCUUCCGAAAGGUAUCCUCCUCAUGCCGCCAUGAACGAUCCCUAUAACUACCAACCACCUCCUCCUCCUGCCCAGCCAACAUACAGUCAGCAGGUUUACGAACAAGGUGCGUAUUACUAUCAGCAAGAUGACAGAUCUGCCGCCGCCGCCGCUGCUGCUGCCGCCGCCGCCGCUGCAGCACCACCGCCUGCUUACGGUGGCUAUGCCGGUAACAAUGUACAACCUUCCUAUCAACCAUACAUGUAAGCCAUGAAAAGAAUGAUGGUUUUGGGUUUUUAGGACAUCUUUGUCUUAGAUUUUAAUGGUAGCUACAUUAUACUACUAUCCCAUAACUAUGAACCUUAUAGAUUGUUUAACCCUAGUUUUCUUUUCUUUUUCUUUUAUUUUUUCUGCUCAAUGGCUUGAAGUACAUUAUUUAUGAUUUUGAUGUUUUGGGUACUUAGUGUUUCAGUUUCUUGUAUUUGAACCUUCUUAAAAGAGUGAAUUACCUUUUUCGUCUAUGUGGUUUCGAAAUUGUCGUUUUUGUUCACGUGGUUUGAAAUUAAUUGCUGUUUUCAUCCUGGAGGAUAAUAAGUUCGGUUUAGCGUUAAGUAUGAGGGAUGAAAACAACAAUGGAUUAUGAAUUAUAAACCAGAGGGACAAAAACAUCAAUGAAUUGUAGACCAUAGCGAUAAAAACAAUGAAUUGUAAACUGCAAGGAUACGAAUGGUAAUUAGGCACGAAAAUAACAAUUUUCAUCUAACCACAUUGACGAAAAAAUGUAGUUUACUUUGUAUGGAAAUAAUCUCUUUACUUUUAGGGUGGACCGGCAGAUAUAAGGUUUGUGUAUAAUUGUACGUCCUAUUAUGCACUAUUCAAAUAUGUAAUUCACCAUUCUACACUUUAUAACAAAAGAACAAUGUGUGCAAGUCAUGAUAAAAUGCCGGUUUUGACUGGUGGAACGAUGAAAUUCUCUGGCGGUUGCUUCUGCUUCUUGCUUCUCUGAUC